AUGGCGUCUUUUCUCCGAGUCAUUGUUCUAUCAUGGGCUUUUACCGUUGCGUGGUUUACUCUCUGGAUGUUGAUGCUAUACUUGACGAACGAGAUGAAGCUAAAGUUCACGGACGCAGCUGCAGUUGUAAAUGUGUUUGCUGGUGUAUCAGCCAUUGGUCAUCUCGGCAUGCAGUUUCUAGUUGAUGCAUUUAUUGGUCACUUUUGGAUGCUCUGUCUCUCUACUUUAGCAUUCAGUUUCGGAUUCGGGUUCUUGGCAAUAUCAGCUUCACCAAUACUUUCUGGCAAUGGAAAAAAGGGCCUGUUCUACAUAGCCCUAACAGUUAUAUCCGUUGGUAUAUUUGGACGGUCUAUCUCUUUGGGAGUAUUUACAGAGGACCAAUUAGAAGACGGUAGGAAUAAGGGGAAUCCCGCCAAGCUCGUUAGCUUUGUCAUUGGUAAUGUAGGGAAUUUUGUGUUCUUGUUACUUGCUGCUAUUGCAAUGCCUCAGAUAAGUCCGUGGUUUGUAAGGUUCGCGAUCCCCGCGGGAUGUGAGGUAUUAGCAAUGCUGGUUUUUAUGUCCGGUGCACGUUCUUACAAACGGGAAAAACCAGGUGGGAGCCCUGUGACAACAGUUUUCCGGGUCUUUGUGGCUUCUGCUUCCAAAAUGUCGUGUUCAUACCCGAACAACUCAACGCAGCUCUAUGAGAAAGACGACUGUGAUCUUGAUAUGAAGCCCCACACAAGUAGCUUGAGGUGCCUAGACAGAGCUGCAAUGAUAUUCCAAACCGAGCCCUUGGAGCAACAGAAAAAAAACAGAUGGAAACUUUGCCGGGUGACUGAAGUGGAGCAAACCAAAAGCGUGAUACACACGGUACCAUUGUUCGUGACAUCUCUCAUUUCUGGGAUUUUCUUCUCCCUCGGUAACACUUUCUUCCUCGAACAAGCAAACAAUAUGGAUUCCACGUUCGGAUCAUUGAAUCUGCCUCUCCCACUCCUCUUACUCUUUAGUGAGGCUGCAAGACUAGGAUCCCGAGAACUAUGUGUCAUGGCUGCAAAACGCAGCCACAUCAUUGACCCCGAAUCAACAAAACAAACCAAAACUCCAUAUGGCAUACCAGUGUCGAUCAUCCUAUCAAUAUUCUGCUGCUCCAUUGCCGCACACGUUGAGUCUAGAAGGCUCAAAGUGUUAACAGCUCAAGGCUUGAUGUCUGAAACCGUCCCCAUGAGUGUUUUCUGGCUGCUCCCACAGUACAUUCUGCUCGGGUCAAUUACAGGAAUCUACGAAAACAGUUUUGCUCUUUACCUAGAAGAAACAGUGCCAGAAGAGUUGAGCCAAUACAUGGUUCUGCUAAACGUUGGCGUGUGCGGCGUCGGCAUCAUGAGCAAUAUAGCUCUUGUUAGUGUGGUGGCCAGAGUAACCGGAGGCAAAUGGUUUCAAGAGACAAUAAACAAGAGCCGGUUGGAUAACUAUUACUGGGUGUUAACAGUGCUCUGCAUGUUCAAUCUCUUGUUGUAUUUCUCUGUGACCUAUAGGUACACAAGGUGCUACAAAAAAGAUAAUGCAGAACAAGAAAAUGUUAGAUAAAAAGAUAGCUUUUGUAUAGUAUUUGUAAUAUGCCCAAGAUUUCAUUUUGUAUGUACUGAUAUAGGCCCAUGAGAGC